CUCUCCAGAUUUUCUUGGAGAACAAUGGAUGUGACAAAUGCUUCUUUGGUGAUUGAAUUCAUUCUCUUGGGUAUAACAGAAGAGCCUAGCCUCCAAGUACCCCUCUUUUUACUCUUUCUAGUAAUAUAUCUGGUGACUACACUAGGAAAUUUGACUUUGAUCACUCUAAUUGUGCUCAAUUCUAAUCUUCACACACCCAUGUACUUUUUCCUCCUUAACUUGUCCCUCAUAGAUCUCUGUUAUUCUUCAGUGAUUACACCCAAAAUGCUGAUGAACUUCUUACUGAAGAAGAAUGUUAUCUCCUACAUGGGGUGCAUGACCCAACUCUACUUUUUUUGCUUUUUUGGCAUUUCUGAAUGUUACAUGCUGACAGCAAUGGCCUAUGAUCGUUAUGUGGCUAUCUGUAAUCCACUCUUGUAUAACAUUGCCAUGUCCCCUAAGGUGUGUUUUUAUCUCAUGCUUGGUUCAUAUUUGAUGGGACUUUCUGGUGCCAUGAUCCACACUGGUUGCAUGCUUCGACUGACCUUCUGUGAUGGAAAUAUCAUCAACCACUAUUUUUGUGAUCUCCUCCCUUUGCUACAGCUCUCCUGCACCAGCACCUAUGUCAAUGAGAUGGAGCUGUUCAUUGUAGUAGGAAAGGACAUUAUUGUUCCUUCCUCCAUCAUUCUUACUUCCUAUGGCUUCAUUCUUUGCACCAUAUUCCAGGUGAGGUCAACUGAAAAUAAAUACAAAGCCUUCAGUACCUGCAGUUCUCAUUUAUUUGCUGUUUCUCUGUUUUUUGGAUCAAGCACCUUUAUGUAUCUUCAGCCCUCCUCAGCUGGGUCUAUGGAUGAGGGGAAAAUUUCUUCCAUCUUUUAUACUAUUGUGGUUCCCAUGAUGAAUCCCUUAAUCUACAGCUUGAGGAACAAAGAUGUUCAAGUUGCAGUGAGACGAACCCUAAGUAGGAGAACAUAUUGA